AUGCAGGUUGACCCCAAAAAUCAUCCGAAUCUCGCGGCUUCAUUCAAGACUACGGUGGCUGGUGAGGGAAUCCGUGGACUUGCCAAGGGCUGGGCCCCGACCGCCAUGGGCUAUUCGGCCCAAGGCUAUGCAAAGUUUGGAUUCUAUGAGCUCUUCAAAUCGAAGUACGGGGACAUUGUCGGGGCCGAGGCUGCCCACCGGUACCGCGUGCUCGUCUACCUGGCCGCCGGGAUGACCGCCGAGGCCAUCGGGGAUGUAGCGCUGGCGCCGUUUGAGGCUGUUAAGGUCCGCAUGCAAACCGACCCGAAGGCGCCGGCGCAGAUGAACGCCGCCUUCAAGUUGAUCUACCAGAAGGAGGGCUGGAACGGGUUGUUCAAGGGCCUGCCGCCACUCUGGGGUCGUCAGAUCCCAUACACCGCAACCAAGUUCGUUUGCUUCGAAUUCGUCACCGAGUGGCUGAGGCGCAUCUUCCCGGCCAAGAAUGGCAAAGAACCCAGCCGCCUGCACCACAUGACCAUCACGUUCGCCGCUGGGUGCGUGGCUGGAGUGGUGUGCGCCAUCUGCUCCCAUCCCCCGGAUGUCAUCGUUUCCCAGAUGUACAAGAAGGCUGACAUGGACUUUGGGACGGCUUGCCGCCACGUCUGGAAAAAUGGAAUGUGGGCCGGGCUGCAGACUCGCAUGCUGAUGAUCGCCUCAAUUGCCGCCCUUCAACUCUUCAUUGUCGACGGCACAAAGGUCUAUUUCAACCUAGAACGCCCUCAAGCCAAA